ACCCCCACGCUACCGGAAUACCAAUCAGGAUGGACUGCGACUACUCGAAGCUGUUCUAUGCGAAACAUAGUGGACUGGGAGCCGGCACCAUUACGACAAGGUGGACACCGAUGGGUCCAGGGCCAACGGCUGGUUCGUUGGUCCCGGACGACACCAAUGGGUCCGGGGUGGACAGCAAACACCUGGACGUCGGCGACAUGAGCGAUGACGACGAUCAGGACCUGUCGUCGGCCGAUGCCGAGGGAGUGUGGAGUCCGGACAUCGAGCAGAGCUUCCAGGAGGCACUGGCCAUCUACCCACCCUGCGGCCGGCGGAAAAUCAUCCUCUCCGAGGAGGGGAAGAUGUAUGGACGCAAUGAACUGAUAGCCCGCUACAUUAAACUGCGAACCGGAAAGACGCGGACGCGGAAACAGGUCAGCUCUCACAUACAGGUCCUAGCGAGACGGAAACUGCGUGAAUUCCAGGCCAAAAUGAAAGUGGACCACACGUCAGUGCUGGCACCGAAGGACAAGAUGUUUCCGCCGGGCGCAAUGGCCGGCAUGACUAGCGCACAGAUCGUCACGGUAGCAGCAGCGAAAGGGUUGACCCUAGCGAAUCCGUCCUGUUUCCCGUAUCCUCCACCGCCUCCGCCUCCCCACCCGCACCUGCACCCACAUGCUCAUCCUCACCAUCAUCCCCACCACCUCCAUCACCACCCCCUCUCCACAGCCCAUCACCUGCACCCACACCACUCGGGACCCCCGCCACCACCGUCGUCAUCUUCUUCGUCGACUGCCUCCUCGUCGACACAUUCGAGUCAAUUCUGGCAACCCGGCCUACAGCCGAGCACAUCACAGGACGUCAAACCGUUCGCCCAGGCGGCGUACGGCCCGAUGGGCAAAACGGCCACGGCCGUCUCCGACAGUGGUCUCCAAGCGGCACACCCCUGGGAGGGCCGGGCGAUAGCGACGCACAAGUUCCGCCUCGUCGAGUACAGCGCCUACCUGGAGAUGCGUGUUGAAGAUACUUACCACAAGCACUUGUUUGUACAUAUAGGCGAUCAGCCGGCCCACCCCCUGCUGGAAUCGGUGGAGGUGAAGGAAAUCUACGACAAAUUCCCGCAGAAGGCCGGCGGCCUCAAGGAGCUGUACGAGAAGGGCCCCAGCAAUGCGUUCUUCCUGGUCAAGUUCUGGGCGGACCUGAACACGAACGUGGCGAACGAUGCCGGCGCAUUCUACGGCGUCAGUAGUCAUUACGAAAGCAACGACAACAUGGUGAUCACCUGCUCGACGAAGGUGUGCUCCUUCGGCAAGCAGGUCGUGGAGAAGGUCGAAACCGAGUACUCCCGCUUCGAGAACGGCCGGUACGUGUACCGGAUCAGCCGGUCGCCGAUGUGCGACUACAUGAUCAACUUCAUCAACAAGCUGAAGCACCUGCCCGAAAAGUACAUGAUGAACAGCGUGCUGGAGAACUUCACCAUCCUGCAGGUCAUCUCCAACAAGGAAACGGACGAGACCCUGCUCUGUGUGGCAUUUGUGUUCGAGGUGUCGACGUCCGAACAUGGCGCCCAGCACCACAUCUACCGCCUGGUGAAGGAAUAGCAUGAAAUCCACCAAUCCCAAACCCUUACCCACACCGCCCACCAGCAGCAGCACCAGACGCAUCAACAGCAACAGCCGAGCGUUGAGAGCAGCGGUAGUAGCCUAAUGUUAAGUAAUCUUAGUAGCAGUACUAACUACAAUAACGGUAACGAUAGUAACAAUAACAAUAACGCUAGCAGUAAUCGUAACGAUAGCAGAGUAGCCGGGGGAACGGACGUGGCAGUAGGCGGUGCAGAUGUCGCAACAGCCGUAGCCGCCGCUGCAUUAUCGACCGUUGUUGACGAAUCGGCGGCAGCGCUAGCGCUUGGCGUGGAUGCUCUGCAACAACAACAGCAGAUGGUAGCUGCCGGGGGUGGUUCCACAACAACCGCUGAAUCCGAGCAGAGCUCGACCGUACUGGUGGACCCCCACGAGCACCACUACAACAGUCUGAUGGCCGCCGCAGCGGCAGCGGCUGCUGCCGUCGCCGCCCACAACAAGUCGGUAAAGCAGGAAUUUAUCAGCGGAGACGAUUUCAGCGCUGCAGCGGCAGCGGCGGCGGCGGCGGCUGCUGUUGCCGCGGCAGCCGCUGCCACCGGCCCGACACCUAGCGACAGGGCCGACUAGAAUCAGCGAUAGCGGGCAAGAGACAUCCGUUCUGUAUAAACUAUUUUUAAGUGGAAGCCUCUAUACUGUGUAUCCUGACGACAACAAAACUGUACUAUUUCGAGUAGUGUUUUUAAAAGGAAAUUGAUUGUUUUUCGGUUUUCUCCCGAAGUCGUCGCUUCAGCGCGAGUGACGAAGUGGAAGGAGAAGGCAAAACCUUUUUCGGUUAGUACUUUCUCUGCUAGUUUAGAAAGCAAAACAAAACAAAAAAACGAAAACAAAAAUGUGAAACUCUAAAUUUUAAGAAGAUGAUGGAAAACAGUGCCUAUA